UGUUGCUGGCAAGAAAUGAUGUGGAUGUCAACUCGGAAGAUGAAAGGGGCCGGACACCACUCUCCUUAGCAGCCAGUGAAGCAAAUACAGAAGUCGUCAUUUUGUUGCUGGAAAGAGCUGGCGUGGAGGUCGACUCGAAAGAUGAAAGAGGUCGGACACCCCUCUCAUUUGCAGCCAAGAAUGGCCUCGACAAGAUUGUCAAGCUAUUGCUGGAAAGGGGUGCGGCCAAAAAUCGAUGUGAGGCUGUUCCCACUACGGGAGAUAUUAACGUAAACCUGCAAGAUGAAGAUGGAGAGUCACCCCUGCAUUAUGCGGUGCGUUCUGGAUAUGUGAAUGUAACCUCCCUGCUUCUCCAACACCGCGCCAUCGCACCCAAUUUGAAGAACGAGAUGGGACGGACACCAUUGCACUGCGCGAUCUUGGGUAUCGACGGAGAAGAUGAAUUGGAGUUGUCGACUCAAAGCCCAAUUUCUGCGAGCACCAGCACAAAUGCAAACACUGGCACAUGUGAGGCAAUUGUGAGCCUUCUUCUUGCACACCAUGAAAUUCAUGUCGAUCUGGAGGACGAUAACGGAUGGACGCCGUUGAUGCUUGCUCGCUCUUUCAAGGCUAUAGCAGUGGUGAAACUCCUUGAAGCAUAUAUAACAAGAAGGACCAGAGAAAAUCGCACUCGGUGGAUGAACAGAGCACCAUUAACUGGCACGACAAUUGUUGGCCAUCAGACAUUACAUAGGACAAAUAUUGCACGACCUUUAUUAUGUCCCAUACAACGGAUCAUCACCUAUGUGCAUAAUGACGACCAAGACCAUUACCUAUCGGAGUCCCCCAUUAUCCUUCCAGAAAACCCACCUUCACCGGACUAGAAUCAUUUUCUGGUAUUUUGAUGUUAUUGUGUCGUUUUAUAAAUAUGGUAACAUAGAUCCUAUGGGCUGAAACGUAAAAGAUGACUUGGUACGGUAUUUAUUAUAUAUGCUAGAACAGGUGGUGGGUGAUUCGUACUACCGGUACAAUUUAGACGCAGCAUCUCGCAACGAUGACUUUCCGCUUAACAGACAUAAAUUGAAUACUCUGAUACCAC